AGAAACGCAGCAUUUUGCGUAAAUACCAAAUACAGAUUCGGAAAACGUCAAAAAAGUAAUGUAAGAGCAGGACUGAGCUCUUUCUCUCAGACAUGAUGGACACUGAUCAGAUCCUCUCAGGUUUGAAGAAAGACAUCCGCUCUUUGCUCAUCUCAGCUAAGCAUGGCCUUUCUCCAGAACAGCUCAGGAGGGAUUAUCAGAACAUGCUGGGCCAUCCGAUGCCCCUUAAAAUCCUCGGCUUCCGCUCUGUCCUGGACAUGGUAAAAGAAAUGCCAGAUGCUGUGCGUCUGGACUACACUCUCAACGGCACGGUGCUGUUGAAAGCGAUUGGAGACGAGAAUACAAGAGGCAUUGAAGAGCUUGUCUCCAAGCAGCGAGACCACAAGAUCAAGUUGAAAAGUGGACGGGUGGGCUUCUCACCCCAUUCUUCCUAUCACCAGCGCUCCUUCGCGCCUGUACGUCGAGGCACCGCUCCUCCUGCUGUCCCCGCUCAGCUGCGCUCCCAGCUCAGGCAGUUACUGACCCACGGCCCGGUCGGGCUCUCGGAGCUGGAGGCGCGUUACGCAGCCAGUUUCGGCAGGGCUCUUCAGGUCACACACUAUGGCUUCUACUCCAUCACGGAGCUGCUGGGUGCUGCCUCGGACUUCAUCACAGUCAGACAGAGUCGUACUGGCUCGCUGCUGUUCCUGAAGACUGAAAACACUCCUGUCAAACAGAUGUUUCCUAGCACAGGUGCUUCUCCUAAACAGUCUGCUGGAAUAUCAGGAGUGUUGCCCAGCCUAGAAAAGUCAGUGAUCAGCAACAUUAAGCCUGAGGAGAAGCAAAGCUCUGCAGAGACUGUAGCAGUGAGACCAAAGGAACCUAAACGUGUGGGCUCUGUCACAGUACGUGUAAACAAGGAGAAGUCAUUUGUGAUGGCCAUUGCAAAGCUUGAGAAGGAAUUAAGGCAAAGGAUUCUUGAAAGCGGGGAUGCAGGAACGGUCAGCCAGGAGCUGAAAGACAAACUUCGAAAGGUGGUGGCUGAGCACAGCCAGGGAAUGGCCAUCCACCAUCUUCCUACAGAGUACAAGAAAAUGUAUGGUGAGGAAUUGCCAUUGGCCCAGUGUGGCUUCCUAAGUGUAACAGAGAUGGUUGGUGCCCUAAGUGACACGUUCUACCUACAGCCAAGCACUGAGGAUGGAGCAAAGCAUUUACUCAUCAUGGACCACAAAUCUAAUCAUCAGUCAGACUCGUCUCAAACUGACCAGUGUCCUUCAGCAGAGCUCUUAAACCUUUCCAGUGAUGGACACUACUUCAGCUAUACUCAGUCAGCCUGGGAGCCUCAGAAUUAUGGAGGAGAGUCUGAUCGGUCUUCAGAGCCCGAGUCUGAGAUCAGAAUCACCAACAAGACCAUCCAACAGGUGCAUUCAAAGAUGGUGGACCUUUUCCCUCGGACGCUGGCGACUCAUGGCUCUGUGGUUCCUUUGGACGCGGUGCGGUGCCAAAGGCUGAAACCUCCGACCCGCAGGAGUUCGAGGGAACUGGUGCCAGUGCUGGUGGAGAAGAUGGUGUCACCCAGCCACUUUUACAUUCGUUUUGAUGAGAACCAGAUGGCCCGGACUCUGGAGAACAUGAUGAUUGAAAUGAGGAGCUGUUAUUCCUGCCCAGAAGUUGCUGAGCGUUACAGGCUUCCAGAUGAGUACAUUCGGCCUGGCCAGGUUUGCUGUGUGGCCCCCAGAGACAUGUGGUUUUACCGUGUGGUGAUAUACCGGGUCAUCAGUUCCACGGAGGUGGAGGUGUACUAUGCGGACUUCGGGGACCUUACUACCGUCAAUAGGAGCAGCCUUAGAUUCCUUAAGUCGUGCUAUGCUGAGCUCCCAGCACAAGCUGCUCCGUCUGUUCUAGUUGGAGUGAAGCCGAUUAAGGGUGUUUGGACCGAGGAAGCCGUCAGUUCGUUUCAGAGGAUGUGUUAUGACCGCACUCUGGUGGCUGCAGUUCACAGUUAUCAGGAAAACUUUCUGCUGAUCUUUCUGUGCGACACCCACACUGAGGAGGACGUUUACAUCCACACUGCACUGCAGGCAGAGGGUCACGCUGUAGCCUGCUCUCCUGCUAGCACACCAGUCUUACAGCAGUUUAACCCUGUGACUCUGUACCUCAAAGAGGGCCAGUUGGAGGAAGUAAAACUUUUCACAGCUAGGAAUUCCUCUAUUGGUGUGACAAAUGAACAAAGCAUCAAACUCCAGCCAGAUACUUCAACCAUAGUUUCGAGAGAUGGCACAGAGGAACCACAGCCAACCCAAGGUCUUCCUGAGCUGGAGUAUAUUGAUGUGGCUCAGGGUGACAAGACUAAUCCAGUUAAAGCACUGCUGAGUGAAGACUCUGCUAGCUUUAGUAACUGGGAGCAGGGAUGGAUGGAUAAACCCAGUGCGGAUGACAAAUCCAGUGAUCUUCAGAACUGCAAAAAGGAGAGUUCAAGUAUUGUCCAACCGGUCCCAGAAACUCCUGCUCGGGAGAGUAACCACUGUCAGAUGACCAUGUCCAGCCUGCGCACCCUCAGCAUGCACACUCCAGGACUGAACCUCACCUGCAGUGACCGUGCUGAUCAGCCUCCUGAAUUGUAUCACCGUUCACCCUCCAGCCUGCUGUUUCCUGUCUUUAGUUCUGGAGACAAUCUCGCCUCUGAUACCCUCUUUCUUCGCCAUGCCUCCCCUCUCGCGCUGAGCCCGUCUGCCCGCAUGGCAGCCGGUUGCAAUCUCCUCCACUGGUACAGACGCAACCAGAACUAAACAAACAACAGACUUUCUGCUGGAGUCUGCACAUGCGGACCAUGUUAAAGCCAGUUAAGCUAUGUGUUCAGUGUUUAUUUUAUGUUAUUUAUAUAUAUAAAUAUUUUUAGGUUUUCUUUUAUAUGUUGUAUAUAACAUCUAAAGCCCUUCCUAGCCAAAAGAGGUAAAUUAUAAAAGGAUUGUUAAAAAAUUGAUUAUUGUUCAGGGAGGAUAAAUUAUUUUAAUGCCCCUUAAGUAUUGAUUUUUACGAAUUUUUAUUUUUUAUGAUUUUUUUGUUUGUAAAAUCUAAUAAAAACAAUUUGUUAUUUGUUAAUUCUCUCAAACUGAAAUGUAACUGAUAAAUUGAGCAUUUGAUGCCUGCAACACAGUCUAGAGUAACUGUUUGGUGCAUGUUCAUUGUUUUAGUUUUAUUAUUCUGAUGUCUACAGAAUGAAAGGAGACAUAAAAACAUACAGCACUAA